AUGACACUGGGAUUUCAACACUAUGUUUUGGCACUAGGGACAACUGUGAUGAUUCCUUCCCUUCUUGUUCCUUUGAUGGGAACUGAUGGAAGAUUCUAUGAGAACACUAGAAGUGAAGAAUGUGAUCCUCCUCUCAAGAAUAAACUGGACAAUAAUAAUUCUCAGUUGGGUAACAUCAGACAACCUUCACAACCCCCUGUUCUCCCACGAGUGAAUCCAGUGCUUCUUCCUAUGUCUCCAUCAAUAGUAGCUGAUCCAGGGCCUGGAGCUUCAAAACUUUCUCAAGCCAUUGAAGACGACCGAAAAGUUUUUGAGAUUGGCACAAGAGACUGA